AUGGAUGAGAAGGAAAAGGACAAGGACAAGGAAUCAUUAAGAAAGCGCCUGAGGACUAGUGAGCUACCUGUGAAAGCUAAAUCUGCAAACAGUGAAAAAUCAGGUGCAGAUCAGCUGGAUGAUGAAAAAAUUGUCAUGGAGGAGGAUACUUCUGUUGAUCCUGUUAAUGAGCCAAAGCAGGAAGAAGAAAGUGAAGCUGAGGAAGACCCAGAGGAAGAUCCUGAAGAAUGUGAAGAAAUGGAGGAUCCUGAAGAAUAUGAAGAAAUGGAUGACCAUGGGCAUGACUCAUCUAAUGAGGCAAGAUUUCAUGAGGGAAAGACCAGUGAGGAUGCUAAGCAUGAUGAACCUCUGGCUGGCGAUGAAAAAGACAAGGCAGAGGAAGCGGCUGAGGAUAAAACUGACAUGAAAGAUGCAGAGUCAAAACCCAAGUCUGGUGCAGAUUUGUCGGAUAAAAAAGAUGACAAGGUGGAGACAGAGAUGAAAGAGGUGUCUGGAAAGGAGGGUGUGAUUGAUAAGGAAUUAUUGGAUGCUUUCAGGUUUUUUGACCGGAAUCGAACUGGCUACAUCAGGGUUGAAGACAUGAGGUUGAUUAUCCACAGCUUGGGGAAAUUUCUUUCCCACAGGGACGUCAAGGAACUUGUGCAAAGUGCUUUGUUAGAGAGCAAUACUGGGAGGGAUGACCGCAUUCUCUAUAAUAAGCUGGUGACAAUGACGGGCGUAUUGAUAAUGAAGCAUUUUCGUAUGCCUAAUUUGGGUUAA